CCAGGAAACAUUUUAUUAGAAUAAUUUUUGGUUUUCGUUGUUACGUAUACAGUCAUUUAUAAAAACAACUAUGCCUGGAAUUGAUAAAUUACCGAUAGAAGAAACACUAGAGGACAGUCCGCAGACCCGCUCCCUUCUUAGUGUGUUUGAAGAGGACACGGUUGCAAUUUCUAGCUACUACCAUCAGCUUUUCAAGGCUAUGCAGAGAAUCUAUGAUGCACAGAAUGAACUAAGUGCUUCUACACAUCUGACUUCUAAGCUGCUAAAGGAGUAUGAGAAACAACGUUUCCCUCUUGGUGGUGACGAUGAGGUCAUGAGCUCGACUUUGCAGCAGUUCGCUAAAGUCAUUGACGAACUCAGCUCCUGUCAUGCAGUCCUGUCCACUCAGUUAGCAGACGCCAUGAUGUUCCCCAUUACUCAAUUCAAAGAGAGAGAUUUAAAAGAAAUUCUCACACUGAAAGAAGUGUUCCAGAUAUCCAGUGAUGAUCUUGACAUGGCCGUCAACAGAUACAGCCGCCUGUCAAAAAAGAAAGAAAAUGAAAAGGUAAAGAGUGAGGUAAUGGAGGACGUUUACACCUCCAGGAAGAAGCAGCAUCAGACCAUGAUGCACUACUUCACUGCGCUUAAUACACUACAGUACAAGAAGAAGAUUGCCCUCUUGGAGCCUCUGCUGGGAUACAUGCAAGCCCAGAUUAGUUUUUUCAAGCUUGGAUCAGAGAAUCUUUCACAGCAGUGGGAGGAUUUUCUUACAAACAUCGGGACAAGUGUACAGAAUGUACGUAGGGAGAUGGACAGUGAGGUGGACACAAUGCAGCAGACGAUCCAGGAUCUAGAGGAGGCCAGUGAUCUGCUGUACAUGCCCGACCCAGACCCAAACAAAAUCCCUGUUAACCGGAACCUGACCCGUAAAGCCGGCUACCUCAACAUGCGCAAUAAAACAGGGCUGGUGUCGUCCAGCUGGGAGCGGCAGUAUUUUUUCACGCAGGGAGGAAACCUGAUGAGCCAGUCUCGAGGAGAUGUGGCAGGAGGGCUGGUCAUGGACAUAGAUAACUGUUCUGUAAUGGCAGUCGAUUGUGAGGACCGGCGCUUCUGCUUUCAGAUCUCCGCCUUUGAUGGCAAGAAGGUUGCUAUUUUGCAAGCAGAUAGCAGGAAGGAUUGUGAAGAGUGGAUAGCAACAAUAAAUAACAUCUCAAAGAGGAUAUACCUGAGUGAGAAGCCUGAGGAAACUGCUGCAAGGGUUAACCAGUCCGCUUUGGAAGCCGUGACGCCGUCACCAUCGUUUCAGCAGCGGCACGAGAGUUUCAGACCCAGCACGCAGAACCGACCCCGAGCUUCUCGGACCAGCAGUCAGAGCUCUGCAGGCUUCGAGUCACCCGCUCUUUCAUCGCUGUCUUUGGACUCUCUGGUGGCUCCAGAUACCCCCAUCCAGUUUGAUAUUAUCUCACCGGUCAGUGAAGAGUGUACACCCCAGGCUAAAGGUGCCAGCCAGGGCAGAAGGAUGAACCCAUUUGGAGAGUCUGGAGAGAUGCAGUCUAGAGACGGUGAAGACUCCAUCCUGCACCAGCUCUUUAUUGUGCGCUUCCUGGGUUCCAUGGAAGUGAAGGUCACCGAAAACCCAGACGUCAUCUACGAGACAAUGAGGCAGAUCCUUGCUGCACGAGCCAUACAUAACAUAUUCAGAAUGACAGAGUCUCAUCUGCUUGUUACAUGUGAUUGUCUGAAACUUAUCGAUCCUCAAACACAAGUCACAAGAUUAAAGUUUCCUCUCUCCAGUGUGGUACUUUGUGCAUCACAUCAGGAAAACAAGCGCCUGUUCGGCUUUGUGCUGCACACAGCUGGAGGACAAACAGACGGACGUCCAGUCACUGUCUGCUACAUCUUCGAAUCUAAUAAUGAUGGAGAAAAGAUCUGUGAUAGUGUGGGACUAGCAAAACAGAUAGCACUUCAUUCAGAAAUGGAUCGCAAAGCCACUCAGACACAAAAAGAGCUGAAAAAGGCUAAGGACAAACAACAAGAAGAGCUGAGCAAACAGAAACAGAUUGAAAAGGACCUGGAGGAACAAAGUAGGCUGAUAGCUGCCUCUAGUCGACCAAACGUUCCUGCUACUGAUGGACAGUUCCUAGUCCUUAACAAGAGCCAAUCAGAGGAGAGCGAUGCUGGUGAGGAGGGACUGAAAAGCGGCGAAUCAGAGGCUUAAAAUGUGGGAAAAAAGUUGAUCUGUACUCUGGUUUAGCUUUAUAUUGAAAAGCCUUUACAGCCUUUUAUUCAAAUCAUUACUGAUUUGUUAAAGAAAAUGACAUUUGCAGAGUGACUGCAACAUAAAUAAGACAGAACGUACAGGAAUCAGUGUCAUUUUAUGGGUGAAUAGAUUAAGAGAAGCAGUGUUUAAAUUUUUAUUUGAAUUAAUAUUGUAUUUUGUAUUGUUUUCAUUAUUGAAUUGUAUCUAAAAUAAGCUGUGUGUGUAAAAAAAAGUACUAAAACUAUGAGAUGUGCAAGGUGGCACAUGAAUAACGUUUAAAAAGGACUUGUUUCUUGCUCUAACAUGUCUGCUUGUGCUUUGGGUCGUGUCAUAUACACCUGAAUUGAUUUGGAUAACACUAUUAAUGAAAUACAUUACAGGCGGUUACCAUAAAGAGGGAGGUUUUUUUAUUUAAUUUUUAAGUUAAUUUGAUCGACCAAAAUGUUUCAAAAAUCAUAAAUGGUUAAUAAGGUUUAUAACUGUAAAUGUCCAGGUAAAUUUAGAACUGUUUUGGUAACCGUCUAGGCAAUUUUGUUUCUUGUCAAGUCUAAGCUUAUCAUUGUAAUUAUACAGUUGCAAAUACGUUUGCAAUCCAUUCCCUUUGAAAUUGUCUGGAUUAAUGCAUUACUUACAACAAUUGUAUAGGAUUUUAUAAUACUUUGUAUGUCCAUUUUAAAUUUGAUAGAAAUCGUAUCAUGUCUUAUGAGUUGUGUACCAGUUCAGAUCAUUUCUACGAGUUCAAAACUUUCUUACAUCUGAAUUGUACUGAAAUUUAAACUAACUGUUUGCACAUGGCUGCUCUUGAAGGGUUUUGGUGGCCAUGUGGUCACAUAUUUCUGGCUUAAGGACUCUUUUUUUUUCCUUUUGGUAUAUAACAUGAACACAUUUAUUGAUGGGUAGCAUGAUGAUACAGGCAGGUUUUGGUUCUGCCCAGCACCAGGGUCUUGAGAAUCUUUGUUGUAAUCUUGCCUUUGGCUUCCUCCUAUUAACCAAAAACAUACACAAGUUGAAGUGGCUGCUGUUACUUACCCUGUACAUGUGAGUAAAUUAACACGAGUGAGGGUGUGAUCUACUGCAAUAGCUUGGCGCCCUCUCCAUGGUGUAUUACUGACUUGUGCCCAGUGUUUCCUAACCAGAAUCAAGUGAUGUCAAAAGAUAAAUGAUGAAUGAAUCAUCUUACUUGGUUUGCACAAAAGUCUAAAUUUGCUAAAUUCUUUCUGUUACACUUUUGUUACAUUUUUGUAAGAUUGUAAAAGCCGGUUCAAAUGAAAAGCUAUAAUAAGCUGUUUUCACUAGUCCCAUAUAUGACAAUUUUGUAUCUGUAUGUUGGUAUAUUACUAUAAUAGGUAUUUUAAAUUGUCUAUGUUAAUACCUGCAAAUCGUUUGUUGGGUGUUAUGAGAAUGUAUUAGCUGCCACAACCCUUUUUUGCACUUGUGCAAUUUUUCUGUGUGUUAUCCACAAAGUAACUUAAAUAAACGUCCAGUUUUUACAUUUGGUUUGUUUGAGCACUUGCCUUAACUAAUGAGUCAAUGACUAAUCCUCUGUCAUUAACAUACUUGUAAUUGUUGUA